GCAAUAUUGCAAAUAAAACCUGAUACACUUGUAUGGUUGGGAUAGGAUAUGCAGUUUUUCAUUCCAAACUGGUUGAACUUAAUACAGUAAAUAUUAUAAUCAAACCAGAUACGUUUCAGGUUCAGUGUGGAAUUUCUUCUACAUAGACAACACCAUGUUCAGAAUAUCUGGUGGAAUCUUUAUUUUUGUACUGAGUUUCCAUUUAUCUUUGAUGGAUUCUGGCGUCAAGACCAUAAACGAAUGGUCUGAAGCUGAAGCCAUAUUGAAAAAACGUUCUGGACCGAAAGAUGUUGUCGUUCUAUUACUUGGCUGGACUCAGUGCUCCUACUCCCAAGCAACUGACCCCAAUUAUUAUACAGAUUGUACCACAUUGUACACUGAGACUACAUUGUGCCUGAGAUCAUUCAAGGAUUCUUUUCCAGCCAACGAUUCUUUCAAAAUGCACUUUCCAUAUCCUGAUUUCAAUGUAUUCCCUUUCAUUGUAUUCUACAAAGCAGGAAUACGGAUUAACAACGUUACUACUUCUGAUCCAGAUAUUUUGAAAUCUGCAUUUGACAGUGCUAAUAAAAAUUAAUGAAGAAUAAUAAUAUUUAUGGAACUGAACUAGAAUAUUUGAAGAAGUUCGAGUUCGAGUCACUUUGUUUACUAGAAACUAUAGAUGUAACAUAGCUUGUUGAAUGAAUCUUGUAGUAGCCUACCCUUUUAUUAAAACAUUUUAAAAAACUGUAAAACAUUUUAAGGACCAGUUUCGACCUACUUUCAAGUUGAAUGUGUUUUCUAUUGUUUUAACUUGAAAAUGAUCAAAGUAGGUCGAAACUAGUUUUAAAGAUUUUAAAUUUUUUAAUAGAAGGGUAUUACAAGUUUUAUAUUGUUUUUAUUAAUUUGAAUAAAGUAGCCCAUGAUAUUUAUAAAGUGAAGUGAUAUUUAUCAGUUAUCAGAGACAACUGAUAGGCCUACUCACGCUAUCUUUUCUCUAUAAUAUUUACUUUAUCAAUAUUAGGCUAUUAUAAUAUUUUUAUACUUCCCUUAUCUACAAUAUAAUAAGUGAAAGAAUCGGCUUAUACACGUAGGGGAUAGGAAAUUCACGAAUGACUCAUCAUCAAGUCUGAACUACAGUACUUUGACUGCGAUGAUUAACUUGAAAUUUUGCAUAUAGGUUCUCAAUUCACCGAGGAUGGUUAUAGGCCUAUUUCAAAUUCUUCAAGAUUUCAAUAGAUAAAGUUUUAAGUUUGUCAAAAUUUUCAAUUGGACCCUUGUGGAGCACGGGUUACCUGCUUGUACUGAAUAAGAUCCACAUACCGUAUUCAAUUAGUUGACUAUACAGUUACUAUAUUACCCAAUAUAUAGUUAAUAUAGUUACUGUUGUUGACUACAGUGCUAAUUAGAGUGCUACAGUGAUUCUAAAGUAACAUCAAGUUCAGUUACUGUUACUGGUACAGUACUGUUUUUGAGUUUUUUUAGAAACUGUAUAGAAUAAUACUUGUAAUGCUAAUAAAAAAUCUCAUCAAUAUUACCAGUAUUUGAAGGUGUCUUUUAAAAUAAACUCAUCAAGCCAACUUGACUUUCACAUGAGAUAUUCUAAAUAUUGUAAGAUCAUCACUAUAAGAUAUUACAAGAUCCUCAUAAAUAUUCUCAUGAGAUAUUGCAACAUAUGGACAAGAAUGGACAGAAAUAGGACUUGCCUGAAUAGAAAUAGUAAUGAACUAAAAAUGGGAUUAGUCAUUUGUUGCGGAAUUUCAAUAGCUUAUAAUAAUAAUAAGCCAUGUGAAUUAACAUAAAAUUCAUUGUUCGAAGAAAAUCGGUUAACCGAUGAACAAAACCAACUAACUUAUUAUCCCAUGUAAUUUUGAUUGUUACCCUGCUUAUUUUACAAUUAUUAUACCUCAACUAUUUGUUGGAAUUCCCUAACAUAAUUAUUAGCCAACCAACCAUACUGUAUGGUAAAGAAACAAUAAUGUGUGGUACCCCUGUAAUGAAAAUUGUGUUGGGGUUACCAAACUUGAUUUUAACAAAAAUAAGAGUGAGUCAAGCCCGAUACUCUCUUAAUCACUAACAAAUUUCCUUUUAAAAAAGUAACAGAAAAUAAAUCUUGAAAAAAUAAAAGCAUUAAGUGCCAUUAGCCCAAUGAUCUAAUGCAAUUCUCAAUAUCAACUAUGCUCAUCAAAAAUUGCCUGAUAUAUUAUUCCAAUAAAUUUUUUAACCUCAAAUUUUCCUCAGUUUGAUUAAUUUUAUUCCACAUUUUUGGAGAUAAGUAUUCAAAUGAUUUUUUUAUAUGCUUCUGUGUAUGGUCUUGGUAUCACAGUUGUCUGGGUAUUCCGCAAUCUUUGAGAAUAUAUAUUAAUAUUACUCACUGAAUUACCACUUCUCAAAUAGAAAGCCCUCAUAACACGGAAUACAUAAAUAUAGAUGUCUUAAAGGAAACACAAGCAGUUGAGUAAAAAGGGGUUGAGCAUGUUCUCGACUUCCUUUGAACAGCAAUACUCUAACUUAUUUAGUGUAAUAAACAGUGGUUUCACAGAUGAUAAUAAGUACCUCCCCACAAUGUAAGCCCAUACUGCAAUUUAGAGUUUACUAAAAUAAACUCUAUUAAGUUUAAGUUUAUUAUUGUUAUAGUUUUCAAUAUGGCACGAUUGCUAGUUCUCCUACUCUCAGUCCAGUCACUAUUAUUAUACAUUAGUGUUUGCAAUUUAUAUUGUAGUUCUGAUUUCUUAAUAUGUUAUUUGGAUACAUGAGAGAAGUCCAGAACCAAUUUCUACAUGCAAAAUUACCUUGUUCUAGAUACAAAAUGACCCAAAAACCUCAUAUUUUUGGUUCAUUUUCCAGUUAUCAGCUAUUUCUACUUUCUACCAAAUCCAGUAAUCGGACAUGAAAAUUUUCUCACGCCUUUUUCUAGAUUGGAAUUUUUUUAAUAAAAUGAGAUCAUUCGGAACUAUCUCUAUCCAAUGAGUAUUGAGUUAUGAUUUUUCAAAAAUGUGUAAUUUUUUAAUAAAAAUAUCUAUUCUGAUGAAUUUUAGUUUUUGAUCAACAAUAUCUUCCGAUUGUUACCAUUUAGAUGUAUAAUUCAAAAUCCCUUUUGGAGUAUUUUUGUACUCUACAAUCAGUGAUCAGGUAGAGCGCUCUAUCUGAUAUAGAUUUUCAGCUACACCUGGCAACAUGCUCCUUGUAUUGUGAAAAACACAUAAUUUUCAGCUUCAUCUUCAUACAUCAUCACCAACUGCAUUGUCCUCACAUUGAUAUUUCGCACAAUGAUAUAAGUUCAUGGGAAUUAUGUUCAUAUUGUUCAAUGUCCCUGUAUCUGGCAUACGGAAAUUUUGCAUGAAGAAAUUGGUUCUGGGCUUCUCUCAUGUAUCCAAAUAACAUACGGUAUUAAAAAAUCAGAACUACAAUAUAAAUUGCAAGCACACCCUCUUUUCUAUGUCUAUAUUGCCUGGACUAUCUGCUUUUGAUUUUUUUUAUUUGAUUUGAUUUAUAAGUUAUUCCAUUAAGUUGUUAUAAUUUAUUUGAUGUAUUAUAUUAUUGGUCUAAUAUAUUAUUAAUAUUUGGAUUUUUUUGAACAUGAUUUAUGGUUAAUGGUCCAUGAAAAAUUGUUGUAAAAGAUUUAUGGACCGUCUUGUAGACUUUAUCAGAGGAUAGAAUGAUUAUCAAAUAAUUUGUCAACUAUAUUAUGGGCUACUGAGAGAGUUACGUAUAGUUGUGCAUUACUAAAAAAAAAGCAGCUACCCAUUCCUAUUCCUAUUCAAGACACAUUUUCUCCAAAAAAGCUUGCCAAGUUCAAGUUGUUACAUUAUUUGUUGGCAAAAUAUCUAACCUACCGGUACCAUAAUAAUGGUAGAAAAUUAAAUAGACUGAAAGUAAAAGGAAUCUCAGUUGCCAAAACAAGAUUAAUGCAAAAA